GAGAAUAUCAUAAAAUGACUACUACUAUGAAAACUUUUGUCGCAUUUGUUUUGACUGUCUUUUUUAUUAUGUCUUCUGCUCAUUGUCGUACUACAACUGGUGGUAGUCCGGGGUAUGGAAUAGGGGGGCGUACAAAAACAUGCUUUACACCAGCUUUAUGUAUUUAUCGUGGAGUCCAUGGGUGCGAUAGUUAUUGUAAAACUAAAAAUUUUGAUUACGGCUAUUGUAGACAAGAACAUUGUUGUUGUGUUAAUUACUAAGAUG